AUGGACCGGUUAAGCAGAAUGCUCGCCGCCGCCCAGAGCAUGGGCGGCAUGGGUGGGCCUGCGCAGGACACAAACCUUAUCGACAACUCGGAAACCGUCUACAUAUCCUCGCUCGCGCUCCUCAAGAUGCUGCGGCACGGUCGCGCCGGUGUGCCCAUGGAGGUCAUGGGCCUGAUGCUUGGAGAGUUUGUGGAUGACUACACAGUACGCGUCGUGGAUGUGUUCGCCAUGCCACAGUCUGGAACAGGUGUCUCCGUCGAAGCCGUGGACCCCGUCUUCCAGACCAAGAUGAUGGACAUGUUGCGGCAGACAGGACGGCAAGAGACGGUAGUAGGCUGGUACCACUCGCAUCCCGGCUUCGGCUGCUGGCUCUCCUCCGUCGACAUAAACACGCAGCAGUCCUUCGAGCAGCUCACGCCCCGCGCCGUCGCCGUCGUCGUCGACCCCAUCCAGUCCGUCAAAGGCAAGGUUGUCAUCGACGCCUUCCGCCUCAUAAAUCCGCAGACCCUCAUGAUGGGCCACGAGCCGCGUCAAACAACUUCCAACGUCGGCCAUCUCAACAAGCCCUCGAUUCAAGCCCUCAUCCACGGCCUCAACCGCCACUACUACUCCAUCGGCAUCAACUACAGGAAGACCGCGCUAGAGGAGAACAUGCUGAUGAAUCUGCACAAGCAUGUGUGGACGGAAGCGCUGAUGAUGAACGACUUCCGGGAUGAGGGCGAGCGGAAUAAGGACAGGCUGCAGAAGCUGGUCUCGCUGGCAGAAGGCUACGAGAAGCGAGUGAAGGAGGAGACGGAGUUGACCAAGGAGCAGCUGAAGACUCGAUACGUGGGGAAGGUGGAUCCGAAGAAGCAUCUGGAAGAUGUUGGCCAGCAUCUCAUCGAAGACAACAUCGUCUCCGUAUCCCGACAGAUGAUCGACAAGGAGGCCUCGGUGCCAAAGGCCACUUCAAGAUCGAACGGCCGGGCAAACGGAGACGGAGAUGUGGAUAUGGACGAGUAG